CAGGGCUCUGGUUGAUCAUUGGUGUCUAGUUUCAUAGUGUGCAGCUACCCAGUCUAUUUAUGUCUCGCUCUUCUCACUUCCUCUGAAAUACACCUACAGUUUUUUCCAAGGAUAUAAGAAGCUGCCUUGGCCAAAUUGAGUACUUCACUUGCAUAUACAUAUAUUCUUUAGUUACAUUACAUACUUCUGCACACAUAUUCUCAUACUCGUACACAUUUUCAUGUUAUGCCGGAUGCAUGUGUGUGUAUGUAUGUAUGUAUGUGCAUAUAUUGCCUGCAUGACAGAAUGCUUGCAUGUGCAACGAAAGUAUUCAACUUUGGCUGAGGUGGCUUCUCGGAAACGACACUGCCAGGCGCAGAGGAAGUAGGGUUUACUUGAUGUACUAUGACUAUGAAGUGAAAAAAGUGUAGACAUCAUUUCGCCAACUGUCAGGAUGGAGGACACAACUCUACUCUGUCUGCUCUUUCUGAUCUCACUGCUGAGCUGCCCAGCAAACCAAGCCUCUCUGACUGUGAGUCCCAGCAGUUCUCAGCUGUUUAAAGGACAGUCUGUCUCUCUGAGCUGUGAGGAAGACGACAGCUCUGCUGGAUGGACUCUGAGGAGGAACACAUCCAGAGACACCGAAACUCAGUGUGGAGAUGACUGGGGAAAUCCUGCCGGUUCCUCCUGUAAAAUUGGCUACAUGGUUCAAUGGGACGGUGGAGUUUACUGGUGUGAGUCCAGAGAGGGAGCAACCAGUAACAGCAUCAACAUCACUGUCAAUGGUGGACCAGUGAUCCUGCAGAGUCCUGUCCUCCCUGUGACGGAGGGAGAAGACCUCACUCUGCACUGUAAAACAGAGACAUCCUCCAACCUCCCAGCUGAUUUCUAUAAAGAUGGAUCCUUCAUCAGGACUGAGCCUGCAGGUCACAUGACCAUCCACCAUGUUUCCAGGUCUGAUGAAGGCCUGUACAAGUGCUACAUCAGCAGUGUUGGAGAGUCUCCACCCAGCUGGGUCUCUGUCACAGGUGAGGAGGUUACCUUUGAUUUCAGGAGUUCAUUCAUCCAGAUAUUCACCUGA